AUGGUCUCGAAAGAAUGCAGCGCAGUCCUUCAAAACAGAAUAGUCAGGAAAUUGGAAGAUCCUGGAAAAUUUGUCCUAUCUGUUCAGAUUGGAAAGACAGUCUUUGCUUGUUCCUUAUGCGAUUUGGGUUCCAGUGUGAAUCUCAUGCCCUACUCAGUUGCAAAACGCAUGGGACUAACCAACUUCAAGCCAACCAGGAUUUCUUUGGUGUUCGCAGACAGAUCAGUUAAGUUGCCAGUAGGUGUUCUUGAAGAUCUACAAGUUCAAAUUGGUGACGCCACUGUUCCUGCAGACUUCGUGGUUCUAGAGCUCGAAGAUGAACCAAAAGACCCUCUCAUCCUGGGCCGUCCUUUCCUGUGCACAGCUGGUGCAAUAAUUGACGUCCGCAAUGGGACGAUUGAUCUCCAACUGGGAGAUAUUGUGAUGAAGUUCGAGAUGGAUGAGCUUAUCAAACGACCUAUGCUAGAUGGUUAG